CUCGGCUUGGGAAAGUAAAUUAAUUACCAAUCUUCUUUUCCCGAUCAUCGUCUUCUCCACCUAAAUUCUCUCUGCAAAAUCCCUUCUCUCUCAUUCGACAUGUCGGCAACUGAAAGACGAUUUUCUUUCUCUUCAUUUCUGACAUUUCUGUACGGAGCCAUCGUAAUUCUGACACCUCCUUCGUCCUCCGCUUCCUUAGACACCUUCGUCUUCGUCGGCUGCACAAUCCAAAAAUACAUUCCCAAUUCCCCUUACGAUUCCAAUCUCAACUUACUCCUCACCCGCCUCGUCGCCUCCGCUGCUUCCGCCACUUACGGCAACUUCACCGUCCUCGGCUCCGCCUCACAAAACACCAUCUACGGCCUCUACCAAUGCCGGGGCGACCUCAACUCCGGGGACUGCUCUCAGUGCGUCGCUGGAGCGGUCAGCCGUCUCGGAACCAUCUGUAGCGACGCGUGCGGCGGCGCGUUGCAACUGGAGGGGUGUUUCGUGAAGUACGACAACAAAAGCUUCUUUGGAGUAGAGGACAAGACGGUUGUGGUGAAGAAAUGUGGGGCGUCGAUUGGGUCUGACGUGGACGCGUUGACUGGGGUUGAUGCCGCGCUGGAGUAUUUGGUUAGCAGUGGUGGGACCUACAAAACAGGUGGAUCCGGGGAUGUACGGAGCGUGGCGCAGUGCGUUGGGGAUUUGAGUGCGAGCGAGUGUCAGGAUUGUGUUUCUGAUGCCAUCGGACGGCUGAAAUCUGCUUGUGGCCCUUACUCUUGGGGUGAUUUGUUCUUGGCUAAAUGCUACGCGCGCUUUACUAGAGGUGCUGAUCACGCCCAAGAUAAUGGAAAUGGCUUUGGUUAUGCAAAUGCAAAUGCUAAUGGAAAUAAAGAGUCAAAAGGCAAUGACAAUGAGACGAACAAGACAUUAGCAAUAAUUAUUGGACUCAUUGCAGCGGUUGCCUUGCUCAUCUUAUUCAUCACUUACCUCAACAAAAAAUGUGAGAAGGGAAAAGGUUGUAAGUAAUUAAUUAGGUAAAGAUAGUUUGUAUGGGCAAAGCUGUAAUUUUCAGAACUUUUGUGGGUCUCGAAAGAAUAAAAAGAGUUUAAUUAUGCAACAAGAAGAAGCAAGGGGACUCAACAGAGAAGCAAAGAGAAGAGAAGAUUCAACACUGAAUUACAAUAAGAAAGAAAGAAGAAAAAAAGCUACAAACAUUUUCCCACUUUUGAUAUUUUCAGCCUCUAUUUUCUAUAUCUGUUUUUCUGUUAUGUAAUAUUAAUGUUGUAUAUAUAUACUAUAUAUAUAUAUAUAUACAUAUAUAACUUAGGUCUU